CCUGAAAAAUGGCGUCUCUAGGACUUUCCUUCACCCUAGUUUUUCUCUUGGCAAUCUUACUGACAGUUUCUGAAGCCAACAACAGCAGAAAAAUCCUGCAAACUCCCAAUAACUACAAACCGCUAUAUUCUCCUCCUCCACCGCCUUAUCAACCUUCGGUUACUCUUCCCCCUCCUCCUCCUCCUCCAGUUUAUUCUCACCCGGUUGUUCUUUCUCCUCCACCUCCUACUCCAAUCUAUCCACCCCCGGUUGCUCUUUCUCCUCCACCUCCUACUCCAGUCUAUGCACCCCCGGUUGCUCUUUCUCCACCACCUCCUACUCCAAUCUAUCCACCCCCGGUUGUUCAUCUUCCUUCUCCUCAAGCUCACAGAGCCUUCUACUACAGGAAAUCUCCUCCUCCACCUCCAUCCAGGAAGCCUUGGUGGUGGUUGUUGUAG